AUGAUUAAUAGAGUAUCCAGAUGCUUUAAACGGCCCUAUUCACUUCCAUCCCAUUUUUCGAACCCAUCUCUGGUGCCUCCUCAAUAUGGUCAGCAUCAACCAUCCGAAUUGCCCAAACCUGUCGAGGAAGGGACACAACAAAAUAAAAGUCAGGAAACCUUUCAAGACAAAACCAAUGAACGGAAUAACGAAAGUUCAUUAAAAGAACUUUCAUCAGUCGUCGCCAUGUGUGCUCUUGCUUAUAUAGCCAUCGACAACUAUAACAAUCGAAUCCGAUUAGAAAAACUCAACAAUGAUUCAAAUGCAAUCAGUUUGAAAACAUUACAACUUCAACAGGCUAACUUUUUGAAUGCAAAAAAGAAACAAGAUAUGGUGAUGAUAGAAGAACGUAAGGAGGCAAACCGACGCAAUUUCAAAAUGGGGCUUCAUAUUGCUUUGCUUCGUAAACAAUUGAAAGAAGCAGGUAUAGAACCUGCUGGGAUCGAUGUCGCUACAAGAGAAUACGAACUGAGUGUCCGUGCCGACAGUUCUGUGAAGCAUGUCAGCGGCCAGGUUCUCUGGCUUGAUGACAGUUCUGGUAAGUAUAAUGAUAAUUGA